UGAUGAUCAAGGAGACCAGUGGGACGUUGAUUGGUCACUUCUACGUGGGAGAUGAUGCUUCUCCCAUCAAAGUUAUAGCCUAUAUAAUUCUCUCGGUUUAGAAAGUCAUUAGUGUUCAGUUCUAGGACCUGAUUUUGCGAUAUAACAAGACUUAUUCCUGCAGCACCAAACCACACACAGAGAAGCUAUACUCUCACCAAAGCGCAUGAGAAUCUGAUAGCUCGAGAUGAGCGCAACGUAUCUGCGACAACUUUGCCUCCUUCAUUUGGUCUGGUGCCUUGGAUGUUGGAAGGUGACGGAAGCUAAUCCCAGCAAGGAGUGUGAACAUGGAAUUGUUUUGACAAAGGGUCCUGGGAUCCAGACUGAUGUGGGAGAUAUGUGGAGAGAUCAGAAUGAGCAGCAAGUUCAGAAUGUAUUCAAAAGAUUCCUGUUUCACUAUUCAAAGGCAAACUCGGUAGGCUCUAUACAGCAUGCGUCCCAUUCAGUGCACCCAUUGAUGCGCCUGUCACCAAAACUGUCUCAGAGGAGAAAGAAGCAGCUCCUGCUUUUGAAGCUCCGGGAUCUCCCUGAAGGUGUGAUGUAAAAAUCUGACUGUGCAAUAACUGGAAGGCAGACACCAGCAAGCUGCAUACCCCUGAACACAAAAUGGUGGACAGACAGAAGCAGCAUUCUCAGCUCUCGCUGGCAAUGGACUUGAUAUUUUUAAGAAAUAAAUGGAGAUAAAUGUGA